UGACGUUGUGGGUCCUGAUUGAAAAUUCAGAAGAUUCUGAGAAGUUUGAGCUGGACAAUGAUCAUGCUGACUUGGAUAGUCUCAAAACACUCCUUCUCUCACAGUUUGAAGUUCACCCGCCUCUGGAUAAGACUAGACUCCAGUUCUUUAUCGAUACUGAACGUAUCCAAAAGCUUGCUAGCAGUACUUUACUGCGAGCUCUGGAAACUACUUCUGAAAAGCCUCUCAUUUUGCGAUACCCGUUCUCUGAUAAUAGGGUUUCAAUUCGCAUAAAUCUCGGCAAACCUUGGCUGGUUGCAACAAUACCUCAUAACUCCGGUAUGUGGUUUAACUCGCGUCAGCGUGCCAUAGAUAAAUUCGAUGUUUUGAAGACGGAUCCGCGCCCACACUUCUUCUUCUUCAAUAAUGUUACACAAACUGAAAUUACAAACGAAUAUGAAUUUAAUGCGAUGGUGGAACAAAUAUCUCCGAACGAUAAUAAAGUUCGUCAGGUGUCUGUGACUGUUCGAGUGGAAGGAAUGAAAGCCUACAGUGAAUGGAAUUUAAGUGAAAUCACUAGAACCCUCUUUGGAGAAAUGUGGGAUUCUAUAGAUUCUACUCCUAAAUUUGACAAAAAUGAACUACCAAAACCUGAGAAAGAGAUCGAAGUUCCGGAUGGAUUUUAUAGUGAGAUCAGAAGAAAACUUGAAGCCUUUCAAAUAAUCAACAACGAACCCACUGUUCGUGAGUUCACUUCACCAUUUCUCACAACGGCGGUUGUGAUUUUGAAGAAAAAUCAGCAUAAUCUAAAACUGAACGCGGAAAUAAAUCUCCAGGGAAGCCGGGGGUUUGGUCCAGUUGAUUAUUCUAUCGAGAGUGAUGGCAUAUUAGUAAUUGUUAUUGAGGUAAAGAAAGAAGACUUCAAUCAGGGUACAGCGCAAGCAUUCGCCCAAAUGCACAGCGCAAUCGAGGCUUUAGAGAAAAAGCACAAACUCAAUCAGACUGACUUUGAAGAAGGCAAGUUUCCUGUCAUGAUGUUGUCUUGCCCAUUUGAUGGUGAUUUGUCUCGUGCGAAGGAAAUUCUAGAAUAUAUCAUUGGGAUUCUUGAAUCACAGAUCAACAUGAUCACACCAUAUAAAAAAAUUAAAGUAUAA